UGGGCCGUUCCUGCUAGCACUCAGCAUCCGGCUUGGAGAUAGUGAAGCCUUUCGUACCCUGGUACUGGGUAUGAAUCCAAAAGUAUUUUUAAUGACCAAGUCAACAGGGGAGAACUGGAUUUCCGCCUCACUGUGUCAGAAAUGCUGAUAAACAAAACAUAAUCUUGAGAUCCAUUAAAAGGACAUUUGGCAGCCAUCAUGGAUAAUCUAGUCAUCAAACAAUCUUUAAGCGUGCACGUUACAAAGAAGUCUACCAGCAUUUCAUGUUUAAGGAAAAAAAAUAAUUGUUGCAUUUUGUCUGCAAGAGCUCUUGGUUUGUAUGGAAAUGAAAAUGGCUCUGUGCUCAGAAAAAACUUGACUAUCCUCCGUCAGUUAGUAUGUCAGAAGUCUACAACUUUUGAGUGUGUUUGGACAAAACAAUCAAAUUCACCAGUGGUUUAUGAAAAAGGAAAGAUUUACUUUGACAACUACAGAUGUUGUUUUUGUAGCACUGGCCCUAAGCCAACUGUGCUUUAUGAACUACCGAAACUUCACAAGUCUCAGAAAAUUGAGGAUGCCCUACUUUGCGAGUCUCCAUUGGGAGAAAUGUUGCCCAAACCAUCAGACCAUGUACCAUCACUCAUAGCUCUGACCGCAAACAACUGGCUCAUUCGUACAUCUAUUAAGAAUGCAGAAAUUCUCGAAAAAAUCUACCUCUCAUCUCAAUGGAAAUUCAGGUAUUUGACUUGGGACGAUACUCAAGAGACAAUAGUAGCCAAGACUACACAGAAUAAAGUUACAGCUGCAGCUAGAGUGGCUGGAAUCCAACACUCAGUUCUUUUACAUUUAGCUAUUUUCAGAGUUCUACCUCUUACAUUUGUAGGAAUGCUGGCUGUCGACAAAAAUAUUUUUGGAAGCAAUGUAACGGAUGCCACUGUUUCUCAUGGUUUACUCAUUGUGAUGUACAGCAUGGGAUUAGUCAAGCUUUACAGUUUUCAACAGAUUGUUGAGAAGUUUGCGCAGAAACAAUGUAUACUUGGACAAAAAUGUGAAUGGAACAACACAACUGGAGUUGUGGGUGCAUCUCCAUUUGGAAUUCCAUGUAAUAUUAAAAUAACAGAUUGUCCACCUGUUCUGUUUGAAGUAUCUUGUCUUAAAAGUGCACUGCAGAUUGGAGGGCAUCCCUGGCAUUAUAUCAUUACUCCUAAUGAACGAAAACAGGAAGGCAUAUAUCAUAUUUAUUCUUUAAAGGAUAAAAAGCUGGCAGAGAAUGGAAUUCAGGAGAUGCCGUGUUGUUCAUUAGAUACUGAUUGGAUAUAUUUUCAUCCAGAUGAUUCUGGCAGGAUCAUGCACAUUGGACCAACGCAAAUUAAUGUGUUGCAGCUGUCUGAAAAAUCUGAAGGUUUACAGAGAUGGCAGGUUUUACGAGCCUUUACUAUUUAUUCUGCAAGAGAAAGAGCGGUGGAGAGCUCAGUGAGAGUGACAGCUUAUGGUCGAGUUGUGAAAAGAAGAUUUUCUCAAUUAGACGAUGACAAUUAUGAGACCUUUAAAACAGUAGACUACGAGGAUGAACUCGAACUGUUGGCUGUUUUGGCAGUACCUCCAACAGACUCCAAAGAAAAGAUUCAUCUUGACUUUUAUGACAACCAAUCUGGCAUCUUAAUCAAGAGUGUUCCAUUAAAACAACAAUGCAAUGUUACCUACAGCCAUCAAUUGUUCUUUGACAGAGACACUAUAAUACAUAUAGAACUGCUGCCACCUCGAACAUUUUGCUGUCAUGUUUACAAAAUGGAUCAACAUAUGGCUGAAGAUGGAGAUUAAAAUAAUGAAUGAUACAUCUGAGUUUGCUAAUCUGUUACUUGGAUUGAAGAGACAUUUGAUCUGGCUUUUUAUUUUUCAAUUAACUUCAUUUAUUACUGCUGCACCACUGUAAUAGCAAAGUCUAAGAUGAAGGAACUGUGGGGAUACUGAGUCAUAAAUUGGCCAACAAGUAACUUCAGAUGUCAAUAAAAAUCCCUUCAGGCAAAAUAACAUUUUGUAUAAACAAAAAUAUUUUGUGCUCAAAGGAUUAUAUAACCCAGAACUGCAAGGCACCAGUUACGUGUGACAGAUGGUUGGAAAUGUGUCAUAAGAUUGUAACACUUGCAGCAUUUGGAUGAGCUUCUAAGCCUGAAUAUCCAAGCUUGAAUGUUUUAUACAAACAUUGGAACACUAAAAGUGCCACAGCUUUGGUUGAUCCCAACAAUUUUUGCAAUAUAUGUAAAGCUUAACAAAGGAAGAUUGUACAUUUUAUUAAUUUUGAACUGUAUUUUCACAUACUUUGCAUUAUGUGAUCAGGAGUUAAAGUUGGAUCUUGAAGCAGGGUUUGAACUCUCAAAGAAGAGAACAUUCACAGAAAUACAAAGCUUGUUUCCAGAAAACAUUUCAGCAUCUGUUGUAUGACUGUAUUUUGCAAACACUAACUGUAGACUGAUAUUUUUUAGGAUCUUGUGCAAAAUAAAUAUGUUCUUAUUAAAACUAAGAUAGUAAUUUUCCAAUUUGAAAGGUUUCUCACUUUAUUUAAAUUAACCAUGUGGUCUGAUAAAAGACAAUAAAUUGUAGUUAAGCAGUUAUUCGACAGACCUCUGUAAGUCUUGUACAUUUCUAUGAAGUAGUUACACAAGGUCAAGACCAACCUUCAAGUCAUUUUAAAAUUAUUGUUUAAUUAAAAGUUUCCAUUUUCAAUUAUAGAAGUGUCUUGGUUUUGUCUGAAAUUUAUUGUGUACCUCCAAAAUCUUUCAACCAAUAAAAUUCAAUAAAACUAAUAGUAAUCCCUUCGUUGGACCAUCCCAGAAUACUUUACAAUGCUGGAUUACCUUCCAAAUGCAGACACAUUACUUUCUAGCAAGCCUUGUUAGGUGGAUUUGUAGCUAUAAAUAUUUCAAAAUAUUGCUUCAGAGCAGGAGAGGUGUUGAAAAAAUAUCCACAGAAUACUUGACUAAAAAGAGAACGAAAGCAUGGAAGAAGAAACAAAAUAAAAGUCAUUUUUAGCUCCAGCCUAUUCUCCUGCUGCCUUCAUAGACAGUGCUGUUACAUUCACUGAAAUUUAUUAUACACUAAUUAAUUAUAAUUUUAUUAGAUUUCAUUCCCCAUUCCUCCCGCCCCAGCACUACAAAAACAACUUGUCUUGAUCUCCCCUGCACUCAGUAAAUCACCGUCACAUCCUUUUCUCAAUUUCUAUCACUCCUGCAGUGGCAUCUAUUUCACAGUGAUUCAAGCUCGGCUGUACUUAUAAUAACAAUACAGGAGAAAGUAGUUUAUUCUGGUUGUGAAAAAAGAGUUUUUUGUGACCACCUGAUGUCUCAAAUUGCAUUACACGUUUUAGAAGAGGUGUGACCACUGUAAUGUGGGAAAGUUUGCAGCUGAUUUGCACAGGAAACUCCCACAAUGUGAUGAUAACUAGUUCAUCUAUUUUUUGUGAUGGUGAGGCAUAAAUAGACAUCAGACAUAACUCUCCAGCGAUUUAUUCAAAAUAGUACCUUGGGAUCUUUUCCAUCCAUAUGAGCAGGCAGAUGGAGUUUUGGUUUACUGUCUCAUCAGAAUGAUGUGACUACUGACAAUGUAACACGCUAACUGUUGGCUGAAGUAAUUCUGUCUUCCACGUUCUAAUCUCCAAUUUAUAGUAGGUUGUCCACAAGUAAGUUUAAGAUAUGAAAGGACGAGUUAACAACAGAAAUGCCCAUUCUUCACAUGGAGAGUUACAGACACAUCAUAUGUUCCACAUAAUCACACAUGUACAAAGUAUCAAUGGCUGCAAAAUUUUAGGCUUCAGGUUUUGGAACUCAACCAGAGGCUGGAGUUAUUAUUGUGUAUCGGUAAGGCAGAAGUGUAUGGAUUAAA